AGUCACGAGUUAGCUGGUGGUCAGGUCAGGUGAGGUUUACAGCGGCUCUUCAGUCCCAGUCACACUUCUGUACACUUCCAGACUUCCUCAGUCCCACUCACACACUCUCACACAGAGACAGACACACAGAGAGACAUGCGGUCUAUAGAGGAGGUGAGAGCCGGGCUGGAGUCUGCAGGUCAGACCCACGCCCUGCGGUUCUGGGCUGAGCUCUCCGCCGAGCAGAAGCGCGAGUUUCUGGGGGAGCUCUCCCUGCUGGACCCGGAGGAGCUGAUCCAGCACUGCCGGGCGGCGGCGGAGGCUGCUGGCCGAGCUGCAGGAGAGGAGGAGCGGCUGGACUCCCGGAUGGAGCCCGUUGAUCCGGAGUUCAUUGGGAGUGUGUGUAAGAGCGAGCCGGAGACCCUGAGACAGUGGGAGGCUGAGGGUUUUCUGCAGAUAGCUGUGAACAAAGUGGCCGUUCUGUUGCUGGCUGGUGGUCAGGGAACACGUCUCGGAGUUCCCUAUCCCAAAGGAAUGUAUAAUGUUGGGCUUCCAAGCGGCAAAACCUUGUAUCAGAUCCAGGCUGAGAGGAUUCAGAAGGUGCAGGAGCUUGCAAGUGAGAAAAACGGCUCCAAAUGCACAGUUCCCUGGUACAUAAUGACCAGUGAGUUUACCCUGCAGCCCACAGAGAAGUUCUUCAAAGACAACAGCUAUUUUGGCCUGGAUCCAUCCAACGUGGUGAUGUUCGAGCAGAGGAUGAUUCCAGCCGUCAGCUUUGAUGGAAAGAUUAUUUUGGAAAAGAAGAAUAAGAUAGCCAUGGCACCAGAUGGCAACGGAGGCCUUUAUCGUGCCCUUGUAGACAAUAAAAUCCUGGAGGACAUGGAGAGAAGGGGGGUGCAGUAUCUUCACGUCUACUGUGUAGACAACAUCCUGGUAAAAAUGGCUGAUCCGGUCUUCAUUGGCUUCUGUGUGAUGAAGGGAGCAGACUGUGGCGCAAAGGUGGUAGAGAAGGCGUAUCCAGCUGAGCCUGUGGGAGUGGUGUGUCGUGUGGAUGGGGUGUAUCAGGUGGUGGAGUACAGUGAGGUGCUGCCAGAAACAGCAGAACAGCGCCACCCUGGAGGAGAACUGGUGUACAGCGCUGGAAACAUCUGUAAUCACUUCUUCACCAGAGGCUUCCUGCAGGAGGUCGCUCAGAAGUUUCAGGUGCAGCUGAAGCAGCAUGUGGCCAUCAAGAAGGUGCCAUUUGUGGACGAGGAGGGCAACAUAGUGAAACCCACCAAACCAAAUGGAAUCAAAAUGGAGAAGUUCGUCUUUGACGUGUUCCAGUUCUCAAAGAAAUUUGUUGCUUUUGAGGUUUGUAGGGAGGACGAGUUUUCACCCCUUAAAAAUGCGGAUGGAGCACCCGUGGACACGCCGACCACAGCGAGGCGCUCUCUGCUCUCUCAGCACUACCGCUGGGCAGUGCAGGCUGGGGCCAACUUCUUGGAUGAUCAAGGGAAUCCCAUCGUUCCAAAACUCAGGACGGCUCAGGAUGCUGAUCCUCCAGCAGUCUGUGAAAUCUCUCCACUUGUGUCGUAUUUUGGAGAGGGUCUGGAGAAGCUGCUGAAACAGAGGAACCUGAAAUCUCCAGCUAUUGUUAAUGGGAGUUUUGUUAAAAAUUCAUAAUGUUGAAAUGUUUAGACCCUUUUGUGGUCUAAUGAAAUCUGUUUACAAUAAGGGAACUGAAGCAUCGCCUCAUAACGGCUGUAUUUUGUAAUAACAGUAGAACAGUGAUGAUUACUGUGUAGACAUAUCAAUGAAAGCUUUACUUUUUUUAAAAAGAACAAAACAAUCCCAUGAUUUCAAUAAAUUAUAUAUCAUGAUUUUUAAA